AUCAUGAAGUUUGCAACUCUCGCUCUCACCUUGCUUCUGGCCAUUGGUUCUCAGGCUGCUUCCCUGCAGGCUGAUGCACCCAUGCCACUUCAGCAUGCCCGGGCUGUUGUGGACCUCUAUGUGACUCAAAUUAAGGAAAGUGCCAAAAGAGCGCUAAAUAACCUUGAUGGUACAGAGUACGAAGGUUACAAGCUUAAGAUUGCUGAAGGUAUUGAUGAACUCCACACUAAGCUCAAAGCCAUGCAAGCGCAAGUUUCUCCCUUAACGGACAAUGUGGUUCAGACAAUUGCAGAGGCUACUCAGGAUUUCAGAAACAAAGUUGAGGCUGAUAUAGCUGCUUUGCAGACGCAACUUGAACCAAUGAAAGCCAACCUCAACGCAGUCAUUAAUAAGCACAUCGAAGAAUACAGUGAAGUUCUUUCGCCUGUCAUUAGCGAAUACCAGGCUAAGCAUACGGCUGAAAUGGAGGAUCUGAGAGUAAAGCUGGAGCCCAUUAUGGAAAACCUGAGAACAAAGAUAGCUACAAACGUUGAGGAGACCAAGAGUGCUCUAAUGCCCAUAAUUGAAGCUGUGAGAGUGAAGGUCGGUGAAAACACUGAGGCCCUAAAACAAGCUGUUAGCCCAUAUGUGGAUGAAUAUAAAGACCAAAUUAUGAAAGCCAAAGGUCAAAUACAAUCCAUGAAUGGAGAUGAAUUCACUGCACUGACAGAGAAGAUCAGUCCCAUGUUUGGCGAGAUAAAGGAAAAAUUCCAAGCCAUCUGCGCAGCCAUCAUGGAAAGCUUCAGUAAGAACUAA